GAUUAGAGCUCAGCCGGCCGGUGAGUGACAAGCGGACACAUCCUGUUCAGUCCACCCCGCCAGACGUGUGAGGUCCCCGAGGGAAGAUGCGCGUCAAGAGUCCGAACGGAGUGGACCGGAGCUAAGGAGAGUCCACUGGUGGAAAGUUACACCGCUGGUCGUCCGGUACUAGGACGGAGCCGACAGGUGUUUUCGCUAUCUUCUGUUUGGACCUUUUAAUCCCCCUUUUCCCGCCCGAGCCAUGCCGUGGACACGGUGGCUCUUACUGCUGCUCUGCUGGGGGGCCACCAGCGGCCAGUAUCAGCAGCGGCAGCCGGAGGUGGAUGACUUGUCCCCGGCUGUGGUGCGAGCAGACUCCCGCAGGCAGCGCUCGCCUCCGCCGGUGGAGCCGCUGGAUUUUGGGUUCGUCCCCGCGGCUGUAUAUGAUACACAUGCUUACUACGAACCAGGGGCCAUUGGGAUCCUCUUCCACAUGGUUCACGCCUUUCUUUACGUUAUUCAACCCAACUCCUUCCCCCAAGAUCUGAUUGUUAAAGUUAUUCAGCAAAACAUGGGAGGAAUUAAACUAGAAGAAUGGAGAAAGCCAGAAAACGUCGUUCUGCUGCUCCAGGGGGUGUACUACGAGGCCGGGUUCUUGGUGUGUGCAUCCAUCGGCAUUAUCUUCAUGGUCAUCGUCCCUGUGUUGGGCAUGUGCUUCUGCGUGUGUCGGUGCUGCGAGAACUGUGGCGGCGAGAUGCACCAGCGGCAGCGGAAGAAUGCCGACUGCCAGCGAGGAUUCUUCACUGCUUCGCUUGUUGCCACCACCAUCUUCAUUAUUUUGGGUGUGCUCAUAGCUUACGCGGCGAACCACAACAUCAGCUCCCACAUCAAGAGCACCCGGCGCUUCAUUAACACCAACAUGAGGGACUUGAGGACGUUUGCCAACAACACUCCUGCGCAAAUUGAAUACUUGACAGCGCAGUACACGACGGCCAAAAACAAAGUCCUGUCUGAGCUCGACAAUAUUGGACCGCUGCUGGGCGGGAGGAUUCACAGUCAACUGGAGAAGGAGGUGGUUCCCUCCCUGGACACCGCCCUGCGAAUGGCAGGAGCUAAAGUUGAGAAUGCGGUCAAAGCCAUGCGGGAGACCAAGGAGGCCCUGGAGAGCGUCAGCUCCUCGCUGCAGAUCCUUCAAGAAGGCACGGAGAAGCUCAAGGACAGCCUGUCCGGAGAGCGAGCGUCGCUGUCCAACACUCUGUCUGACCCGGCCUGCACCAACGGCGCCGUGUCCCCCAGCUGUAACGCCAUUCGCUCAACGCUGUUCCAGCUGGGGAUCAACGCUGACUUCUCCAAGCUCCCGGAUGUCAACUUCGCCUUGGCUAAUGUCCAUACUCUCCUGAAGACAGACCUCAGCAACAUAGUACAAAAGGGCUACUCAUCCUUCAAUGACACACCAACGCUGGUCAAAGAGCAGACUAAAAAUAUUGUAUCAGGAGUGAAAGGUAUGCUGGAUAAGAUCGGCUUUGAGAUCAACGGCUUCGCCAAGAUGUUUCCUGUGGAAGCGUCUCUGGCCAACUUCACCAUUUUCCUCAACAAUGAACAGAAGAGGAUCGAGUCCUAUUAUCCACAGCUUGACCAGAUGGAUUUCUACAGGUGGAUCGGCUGCGUGGCGGUGCUCUGCAUGGUGGUCCUCAUCAUGGCCUUCAACGUCCUGGGUCUGAUGUGCGGCACGUGCGGCUACGACAAGCAGGCCACGCCCACCACCCGCGGCUGCCUGUCCAACACGGGAGGAAACCUGCUGUUGGCCGGGGUGAGCUUCUCCUUCAUCUUCGCUUGGAUGCUGAUGGCCAUUGUGACCACGCUGUUUGUUGCUGGGGGCAACCUGGAGAAGCUCAUGUGCGAACCGCUGGCCAAUAGACAGCUGUUCAAGAUUAUAGACACACCUUUCCUGGUCCAUCCCACCAAGAAGAACUUCCUACCUGGGAUGCUGUUUCAGAACCCAAACAUCGACCUAACCCUGGGAAGCAUGUACAGAGAGUGCUUUGAGAACAACGGUCUGUACCACGCUCUGCAGCUGGAGACCAUGUUCAACAUCAACUCCUUCCUCAACAGAACUGUGUAUAACAAGGAUCUGGCCAAAGUGUUUGAGGGCGUGCAGGUGGACCUGCAGGACAUCACGUUGCUGGAGCAGGCGGGCAGAGACAACCUCAUCAACUUUGCCAACUCUGGGAUUGGACUCAUCGACUAUGAAGCAUACCUGGCUGAGGUCAAUAAAGGGGUCACGCUUGUGGAUCUUCUGACCUUCUCUACUGACUUGGAAGCUCAGGCUGACCAGCUGCCACGUGGCGCUCUGGAGAAUGCGCUGAAAGGUCACGCCAGCAGCAUCAGACAGAUUCACAGAGAACACGUGGUCCCUAUUGACCAAGCAAUGAAAUAUGUCCGUGCGAGGAGCACCUUGACUCAGAGCAUAAAGCUGCUGCAAAGAACAUCCAGCGACCUACCAGUCAAGGUCACCAAUAUCCUGAGCGCCAUCGACGCCUCGGAGUAUCUCAUCACUAAUAACGCCUCGCAUGUGGUCAAGCAGGAAACAAAAGGCUAUGUCCAGAGCUUGGUGGGGUACUUCAAACAGUACACGGACUGGGUGCAAAACUCUCUGACUGCAGAAGUCGCUCAGUGUAAACCAAUCAGCAACAUUGUGGACAGCAUGGAGAUCGUAGGAUGCAGCUUCGUCCUAGACUCAGUGAACACUUUCUGGUUCGGUCUGGGAGGCUGCAGCAUCCUCUUGAUCCCCAGCAUCAUCUUCUCCAUCAAACUGGCCAAAUACUACAGAAGGAUGGACACAGAGGACGUUUUUGAAGACUCCCCCUAUUGUGACACCAUGACCCGAUUCCCUCGAGCCUCCGCCCCUCCCAGCUGCCCCGACUGGUGAUCCAAAGUGACCUCACCUCCAUCAAGAGCGGACAAGACAGCUGGAACUGAACCCGUCCUACACUGUAAGUGCUCGUUUCUUCUCCUCACGCCGACUCAGGACACAAACAAGAGAAGAAAGCCGAUUAACUUUUAGCCAUUGAAUUUCCUGGAUUGUACCAGUUUUCCUGUUCAAGUCUUGAUUGAAUGAUUCCGAAACCAAAAGGGAAGAAAGUCUAAAACAAACUGGAACUGUGAAUUUUUUUAACCUCCCCCAUGUGGCCAACUGUCAUUGAUUCACAUGACACAGCAGUCAAGCUUGUAACAAUUAUACAAAUAAUAAUACAUUAUUUUAUAUCAUAGAUACUUUCAUGUGUAGACUUAUUGGUCAUGGGGUUACACGUGUACAUUCUUUUUAUAUAAUUUGUUCAUGUUUGUUUUUCUAAAAUAUGUUUAGCAUUUCCUUUCUUAGAAAUAGUAGUUUCUCUCUUUACUGUACGACCGUAGCUAGCUAGCAUCAAUUGGACUUAUUAGUUAUUUACUUACGUUUUGUAAGAAUAGGUUGAAGAAGAGAUUACAUUUUUCUUCCAAUGUUAGAAAAAUGUUCGAAUAUUGUUGUUGUUGUGAGAUUAAUACGAAACCAUCCAAUCGACUUUAGCAUAGCUUAGCUUAGCAACGGUAGAUAACGCUUAAGGAGCUCACCAGCUAAUAUUAUUUUUGCAUUAUAGUGUCACUUUUUUUGCCAAAUCAAAGAAAAUACAGCAGAUAAAAAGCCAAACAGUUUUUAGAAGAAGGCUUGUUCCACCUUUGAUUUAUUCAGAAUUGGGCCUAAGAAACAAUGAAAACAUUAAAGCUGCGAGUAGCGUUGAACGGGCCCCUUAGGCACCCUUGCAUUGCGGGGUUCACGCAAUUCAGUCGAUGCCCUGACCCUCCACCGAAAACUUCAGGAAGAUCGCACAAUGUGCAUCAGUUUAAAUUUAAGAAGUUAGAGUACCAAUGAUUGUCACACACACACUAGGUGUGGUGAGAUUAUCCUCUGAAUUUGACCCAUGACCCUCACCCCCUGGGAGGUGUGGCGAGCAGUGAGCAGCAGCGGUGAUUUAACCCCCAAUUCCAACCCUUGAUGCUGAGUGCCAAGCAAGGAGGUAAUGGGUCCCAUUUUUUUAGCUUUUGGUAUGACUCAGCUGGGGUUUGAACUCACGACCUUACCGAUCUCAGGGCAGACACUCUAACCGCCAGGCCACUGAGUAGUAUCUGUCUCUGAUCACCGAUAGAGCAGAAAUGACAGUUAGAUUGGCGAUGGCCUGGGGUAGUUUUCGCCAGUAGUCUCCGCCCACUACAAGUCGGUAGGAACAGGUACUGAUAUAUCAAGAUCUGAAUUUGUGGAGCCGAGUUAUUUACGUUUCAUAUGUUGUGGCGAAUCAUCGGAACAAAGCUUGGAGCCAGGCCACGCCCACAUCUUAUGGCGUAGGCAAACAUUUUUGGCAAUUUAUCAUCACCCCUAUCAAUCAAUCAAUGUUUAUUUAUAUAGCCCUAAAUCACAAGUGUCUCAAAGGGCUGCACAAGCCACAACGACAUCCUCGGUUCAGAUCCCACAUAAGGGCAAGGAAAAACUCACAACCCAGUGGGAUGUUAAUGUGAAUGACUAUGAGAAACCUUGGAGAGGACCGCAGAUGUGGGUGACCCCCCUCCCCCCUCUCUAGGGGAGACCGGAUGCAAUGGACGUCGAGUGGGUCUAGCAUAAUAUUGUGAAAGUCCAGUCCAUAGUGGAUCUAACAUAAUAGUGAGAGUCCAGUCCAUAGUGGGGCCAGCAGGAGACCAUCCCCAACCGAUGCACAGGCGAGCGGUCCACCCCGGGUCCCGACUCUGGACAGCCAGCACUUCAUCCAUGGCCACCGGACCUGUGCACCCCCCUCCACAAGGGAUUUUAACCACGACUCAUUUGGUCAAAGUCCCUAGAAAGAGUUCGUAAAAAACCACGACCCCUUUUUUUUCACCAAAAAAUGGCCAACAACGAUCGGACCAAAGUUUAACGCCACACGACGCCCACUUUUUAUGGCAUAGGCAAAAUUUGUUCGCAUUUUACCAUCGCUUAUAUGUGCAGUACCUGUCAUUAUAACAGCGACUUAUUUGGCCAAAAGCCCUAGGAGGAGUUGGUUAAAGUACGCCCCUUUUUUUCCCCAAAAAACAAGAUGGCCGACUUCCUGUACGUUUUCAGGUAGGAGUUCCUAAGACUUUAAUGUGCGUCCCGUCAUGAUAGGCGACUCCUGCGAUUUUCAUGUCGAUACGUGAAACUGGUCGGAGGGGAUUUUUUUUUUUUUUCAAAUUUUAAAGGUGGCGCUAGAGAGCCAAUUAUGACAUUUAAUUUUCGGCACCCCAAAAAUAUUAAAACUUUUUGCCAUACCUGAUGCACCGGCAUAUUAUGGAGACAUUUCGUGCAUGUUAAGGGCCUCAAAAAGGCUUUGAAAUGUAUAAAAGAAAAAUCACAGCAAAUUCAAUAGGGCCCUACUCUGGCCCUAAUGAGUAUUUGUCAUGAUAAAACUGUGAUGUUAAUAUUUUAGGCAGCAUUUCUGCACUGUUGCUUGCCAUGCUAAUGCAAAAAGUAGCUAUAUGAAUCACUACUGGUAAUAUUAAUUACAAAAGUAUUUCCGUCAUUAGCAUUUACAUUUUUGGUUCAUCAUAAACUGGUGAAUUGAUUGAUUGAUUGAGACUUUUAUUAGUAGAUUGCACAGUACAGUACAUAUUCCGUACAAUUGACCACUAAACGGUAACACCCGAAUAAGUUUUUCAACUUGUUUAAGUCGGGGUCCACGUUAAUCAAUUCAUGGUAGGGAAAAGGUAUAAUGACAGGAAAAAAAGCCAAAUCUGCCCUAUCUGUGGCAAACAUGAGUAAGCAAAACAAAUAUGUAUCGGAAUUUAGAUGAACUUAUGUCACUUAUUUGUAAAUGCUGUUUGGGGUGGAGGUGGAGGAAUAACCCGCUGCUUGUUGAGAAGAGCGAUAGCCCCAAAAGUGUCCAAUAAGACCAGAAAAUGCUACUAGAUUUGUCUGUAGUUGCUUUUUUUUUUUUUAAAAGACAACCGAAAUAUUAACUUGGUAAGUUACCCAUCCAAGUUGUAAUGGCAAGCUGUAUUACUAACAGGCCCAUCAUAAUGUCUUUAUGAGUGAGAGCGAAACAGUGGUAUAUUUUGGGACAUUUUUUUGGCUUUUAGACUAUAUUUUCCGGUCAAAUUUGGAAUAGUUUGAAGUUCAGAGGGUUGACUGUCGUAUGUUAGUUUGUGAGCUGCUUCUACCAAGCCCUUGCUAAGCUAGGCUAAGCUAACGAGAACUCAAAACGCUGUAUACCGCCAUUUUGUUUUUGUAACAAACAUGAAAGAGUAUGGAUCAAUGUUCUCACACUCCUAAUUAAGCAUUACCACAAGUACGCAUUAGCCCCAGCUAGACUUACGGGCGACAUGACAAACACAGCCCAGCAGGCACAAGACAUUGUUGAUACAACGUUGAUUAUACAUACAUGGCCUUUAAAACUGACUUUGAAACAAUGUUGCAAAAUAGUUGUGUUUGUAAAUUAAGACAACAUUGGUGAAGUGACCAAAUUUCAAAGCUCAAAUCAACGUUGUCAAAAAGCAUGUUGUUUCAACGUUGUAUUUGUGUUGUAAAAUAUUGGUUGGGAAAUGACCAAAAUUCAAAGGUCAAAUCAAUGUCAGAACCAUACUUGCCAACCUUGAGACCUCUGAAUUCGGGAGAUGGGAGGGUGUAUAUAUUUUCAAGUAUUUCUUAUAUAUAUAUAAAUAAUCCGUUCAUGAAUGAGUAUAUCCGUUCGGCCUCCAGGUUCAAUGGAGAAGUCUGAUCUACAAAAUUUGCAGGCAGCAUUAACUUUCCCCUUCGAGCUGUCCUGGAUGAACUGAAAUUAUUUUUUCCAAUCAUUUUGGAACUUGCAAGCGUACUUCUUCUUACUCGUCGUCGCCAUGUCUCUUCUUCGUUCUUCUGCUUCGUCUCUGUUAUGUUUUUGGACAUUACUACUUGCCAUAGUUUUGAAGCAAUGCAUGAUGGGAAUCCGGAUGUUGUGUGUCAUUGUAUUAACGUGCCAGCUGGAAUAAACACACGCUGAGAAAUAGCUCCGUGCCUGCCUACUUUAUGGGUUAUAGAUAAACCUAUGGAUAACGGAGACAUAUAUAAUAGUCUCCUUUUCAGGUGAGAGAGGACGCUAAAGGCAGUGCCUUUAAGGCACGCCCCCAAUAUUGUUGUCCGGGUGGAAAUCGGGAGAAAUUCGGGAGAAUUGUUGUCCCGGGAGAUUUUCGGGAGGGGCACUGAAAUUCGGGAGUCUCCCGGGAAAUUCGGGAGGGUUGGCAAGUAUGGUCAGAAUCCAACAUUGAUUAAACGUCAUCAAAAAGCAUGUUGUUUCAACGUUAUGUUUGAGUUGCUCAACAUCAGGACCUAAUUCAACAAGUUCUCAACGUUGUUUUAAUGUCUUGCGCCUGCUGGGAGCCGGCUGAAAAUAAUACAACAUGUCUGACAAUUCGUUCUUUGUUUUUGUGGUUUGUUUGAAAAAGUGGAAGUUGCGGCGUUAGGGGACAACAUUUGGGAACACAAAUCCAGAGUUGUGUCCUUGAUGACCUCAGUAAAAAAGUGGAGUCCAACACAAGUGUCUGCUUUGUCGCGAAUGUAAACAGACGCUCUCAGUCCCAUAUAUGAAGAGGCGGGAACAUUUAUGGUGGUUUUUGGGGUGAUGACAGGUUUUACGUGGGCCGGGGGAGGGCGGGGGUGUAUAGAGAUGGCGUGAUGCUGCUGCUUCCAAUCUGAGGAGGAUAACACAACACUUGUGUGUGUGUGUCCCAAAACUUUUAUACCAGCUCCCAUUUCCAGGUCUUUUUUUUUUCCUCUCCUUUUGAGUGACGGCUGUAAAAAUAAAACUUCCUGAUUGGACGCAGGGCGCGCGGCAGCAGACUAAACAUUCCCGCCAGUCUUCCGCUUUUGUGUCCUUCAAACGGCUUGAAAGACCCCGUCUGUUUCACAUCUCAACAACUAAAGAUACUUUGUGGGGUUGCACCUGGGGAUUAGACCGGGGUACAUUUUGUGCCAAAGCGGGGACGCAAAGCUCAUUUGGCUGUUUUUAGAUCAUAUAUGCAUUUAGGAGCAUAAAUAUUCUCCUGAAAACUCCUCCUCUGCAGUGGACAUUUGUUUUUGAUCGCAUUUGGAAAAUAAAACAGCUCUGUUAUGCAAAACACAAAUAUCCACUGCAGAGGACGCU